ACCCGAUGGAGAAGUAGAAAACAAUUUUCACUAUCUUUAAUUACGAAAUUUUAAUUUAUUGCCAAAGUUUGACAUUUUAAAACAGUUCACAGGUGCCGAAUUUUUAACGUUAGUUUUUAGUUUAAUUUUUUAAGCGAUGGCUGAAGUAACCCAGACCAUCUCUCAACUAGAGUUAAAGGCUGCUAUCGGUUUCAACGGGCACGUGCCUUCUGGCUUGAGAGUCCAUCCAGGCCGAGAAUACCUAAUCUAUCCACUGGGAUGCACGGUUGUUCUGAAGAGAAUUGCCGAUGGAAAUCAGGAGUUCCUGCAUGGACACACAAACAACAUAUCCUGUAUUUCCGUGUCUAAAAGUGGAUCAUAUAUUGCCUCGGGUCAAGUCAACUCUAUGGGAUUUGAGGCACCAGUGAUAGUCUGGAGCUAUGCACAGAGAGUACUCUAUGCCCAGCUGCAGCUCCAUAAGACUAAGGUAGAGGCGCUAGCUUUUUCUCCCAAUGACAAGUACCUGGUGUCGCUUGGAGGGCAAGAUGACGGCAGAAUUAUUGUCUGGAGUAUUGAGAGGAAGCGUGCCAUUUGUGGAACUCUAGCAUCAGCCGGUGGUCACUGCGCCACUGUACAAUACUCAAACACAGACGACAACAUCUUUGUGACUGCUGGGAGUGAAACAUUGCAAAUCUGGAAACUUGAUCUUGCCAACAAAAAGGUCAGACCCACAGACUGCAGGACAGGCCUGCUGAAGCGGAAUGUGAAAUGCGUUGAGAUUUCAGAGGAUGAUGAAUUCUUUUUCUGUGGCACCACCAGUGGAGACUUGAUUAAAAUCAACCUGAAGACUGGAAUUCUGAAGGAAUGUGGCCCAAUUAAGGCAAAACUCAGCCAUGGUAUCAGUGCUCUGAAGCUGCUGAAAUCUGGGGACCUGAUUGUGGGCUCUGGAUCUGGUACCCUAGCUUUGUGUUCCAUGGCUAACUUCAAAACUCUUAAGUGAAAAAGCCCAGCUGGGAAGAGGGUGACCUCCAUCGCUGUAGAAGGAGAAGGACAACACUUCUUUGUUGGCACUCAGGAAGCUCAGAUGUAUAACGUCAGUUAUGAGAACUUCGAGGCUACACUCAUGUCCACCAGCCACAGUCAUGCUGUCAAUGAUGUAGCCAUCCCUUUCAGUACAUCAGCAUUGUUUAUUAUUUGCACCUGCUCUUACGGAGACAUCAGAUUGUUGGCACAUAGAGGGACAAAAAAGAGCUGCUGCAUAUUACUGUUUCCCAACGUGACCUGCAAUUGCCUGAAUUUCAUGCUUGAUGGAUGUAGCAUCAUCAGUGGGUGGAGCGAUAAUAAUAUACGUGUCUUUGGACCUGAAAGUGACGUACGAUGCUAACCAUCACAGAUCCACACAAAAUGGAUGGGGGUGACGGCCAUCGCUGGCACGAGAGACUGCAAAAGGAUUGUCAGUGGUGGAGGAAAACGGACAGGUCGUAAACACUGUAGCCAGAUACAUGUUUGGGAUUUGCUGCCACAUGGCUCUCGGUUGCUGGAGAGUAUGAAGGAGCACAAAGCUGCCGUCUCUUGUAUCCAAAUCAAGAGUGAUGACAAAGAGUGUGUCUCUGUCAGCUCUGAUGGUAGCUGUGUCGUCUGGGAUUUAGUGCGAUUCGUAAGCCUUAAAUUAAUGAUCGCCAACACAAUGUGCCGGACCGUGUGCUACCAUCCAGAGGAGUUCCAGAUCAUCACCAGUGGCACUGACAAAACGAUUACGUACUGGGAGUUGUUUGAUGGCUCUGCUAUCGGAAAAUUGGAAGGCUCCCAGUUUGGGGCCAUCAAUAGCCUCCACAUCUCGCAGGACGGUCAACACUUUGUGUCAGGUGGAGAAGAAAAACUGGUGAAGGUGUGGGAGUAUGUGAAAGGUGUAGUAACCCAUGUAGGUGUAGGUCAUGGGGGCAGUAUCACCAAAGUCAAGCUCUGCUCCAACAGCUCCACCUUAAUCAGCACCAGCGCAGAUGGGGCUAUUCUGCGGUGGAAGUUCCCUCGCCCUCCCCCAUCUUGAUAACGUGGGAUGAAGUCCUGCAGUCUAGAGAAACAGACAUAAUAUAUCAGUCAACUCAUUCUCUAAAUUUUUAGAGUUUUCUCGUGUUAUUUUGUUUUUGACUUGGCAUGAAUCGCUUUUAAAAUUAAACAAUGUUGAAUUAACAUU